GUUUUAUUCUGUGCUCAAGUGUUUUGUUUAUGGUUUCACAAAAAAAAUAAUAAACGAAUUGAUUGAUUGAUGAUAACACGUUCAUAAAUUUUUUAUGCAAUUUUUUCUUCAGUUGAAUGAUUCUGCGGCGAAAGCAAAAACUGAUGGAAUAAAAGAUGUACUUUCCAUCAUUCUCAGUGAUAUCAACAUGUUCGGUGAUAGUUUAUCUAUCUUACGUAUUUUAUUCAUUUUGGACUCUGAUUCAGCCACCGGAAUGUAGAGAAGAAAAACUAUGCAUUUACUCGUAUUUGAAUCGUAAUCCCAAAUUUCAGCUCUCAAUUUUCACAUCAACUGCAUGGAAUCCUAGAGGAAAUGAAGUUUCAUUGUUGUACAGAAAUCCGAAUUUCGACUACAUAAAUCCAUUGGAAAAGGAUUUAAACUUGGAUCUUCCAUACAGAACUAGGAAAAAUGGUACACUUUACGCUCAUGUGUUCGUUUCCCCUCGACCUAAAACAGAAUGGCAUCAGUUACUCGAAGAUUCGGAAACCGUUCAUUUAACCAUCUCGUUGACUAAAUAUUACAUUCCGGAUUCUGUAAAAGUUAAAUUAUUAGGAAACUCUUCGUUCGUUGAUAUGAGUACUGUAAAACCGGUCACUCAUGUGAAGAAAAUUCUUCCAUUUUUAAUGCUAACCGAUCCGGUAACUUUCAUUAGGACAGAACUACCAGGAGAUAUCUAUAAAUACAUGAAGCUUAAGAACGCUAAGGAAUAUUUACCGGUCCUAGGUGAAAACUCUAUGCUCGACAGGAUCGAAAAUUUAAAAGAAUUGAAUAGUAGUUCAACUAGUGCUGCAAUUACGUUGAAAUAUGAUCCGAUAGGAUAUAGCAAAUUAAGGUUUAUUUUGCAUAUGGAUCUCGCAUUCCAGUCUAUGCUUAAUUUGGGUUUCAAAGAAAAGGAAUUGGAUGAUAUAAAAUCGCUUGCCUUGGAUACUAAUUUUUACCUGUUGAUGAUUACAGUAACUGUGUGCUUCGUGCAUCUAAUAUUCGACUUCUUGGCUUUCAAAAAUGAUAUACAUUUUUGGAAAACUAGGAAAAACAUGGAAGGAUUAUCAGCUCGUACCAUUAUGUGGAGAGCUUUCAGUCAAGCUAUUAUAUUUUUAUUUUUAAUGGAAGAAAAUGCUUCGUUACUUGUUCUCGUUCCUGCAUUUAUUGGAGUACUCAUCGAGGUAUGGAAAGUACACAAAAUAAUUCCAGUCGAUUGGCGAAGAUUGAAACUGAAACCGGUUUCGUUGACUAAAAUUGAACAAGAAACUAAAAAAUUCGAUGCGCUGAGUAUGAAAUACCUGUCUUACAUUUUGUAUCCUUUAUGCAUCAUCGGAGCUGUUUACUCAUUGUUAUACGAUUCUCAUCGAAGUUGGUAUUCUUGGUUGAUAAGAAACAUGGUAAAUGGAGUUUACGCAUUUGGUUUCCUGUUCAUGCUGCCGCAGUUAUUCAUUAAUUAUAAAUUGAAGUCUGUAGCACACUUGCCGUGGAGAACUUUCAUGUAUAAGGCUUUCAAUACGUUCAUCGAUGAUUUAUUCGCUUUCAUUAUUACUAUGCCGACUGCCCAUCGAUUAGCUUGUUUCCGCGAUGACAUUGUUUUCCUCAUUUAUAUGUAUCAAAGAUGGUUGUACCCGGUGGAUAAAUCUAGAGUUGAUUCGGAUACUUCUGUCACCGAAGAAACCGACGCAGUCAAGAAAACUCAAUAAAAACCAACUGCAUUCUCAUUUUGUACAUACCUGUAUGUCGUCUCAUAAAUCCUAACUUCGGUUUUUUCGCUAUUAUUUAUUCGUUGCUAGGAAGAACACUUGGGGAAAUUUGUUCCUAUUUAUUUUGUACAUACCUAUAAGAGAUUUUUUACAACGAUGAGUCGUGAUUAACGUACAAAGCAGAUCGUAAUUCGCAGAUCUCGCAUUUACAUACUCAUAUUGUUACAAUUGCGGUGCACUCGAUAUUCGUUAAUCAAUCGAUUCUGAUGAUUGUUUCGUUCAUUCCAUUUUCGCAUCACAAUGUUCAUUUCUUUUGCAAUAUUUUUCUACAUUUAUUUGGAAUUCUGUAGGUUGUACGGCUGUGUAAUAAUAUGAAAUUAUAUUUUGGCUGUGUUAUCGUAUUAUUUUAGAUUUUUGUUUUUUAAAAUGCCCAAUUCUCAGAUCAAAGAUUAUGUCCAAUCGAAGGACCAAUUUUUUGAUAACUUGUCCAACUUUAGUGUAACGAUGAUUCGUAUUUUUAUGUGCGUAACUUAUUUUAUAGCCUCGAGUGCAAUCUUGUUUGUGGUUAGAAAAAUUAAUCGCUGUGUAGAUUUCAAUGUUAAUUGAAUAAGAAUUAAAGCUUGGUAAUUUUGCGUUAA